GGUUUAUAUUAGGCAGAAAAAUUAGGGUUACUGUAUAGGGAGAGAUAAAAUAAAAGGCUUUCGCCCCAGGUCGACGACGCCGUCGAAUCGAACAGAGCUCUGGUCUCAAUGUUUUGAAAAAGCAGCAAAAUAUUUCUCUUUGGUUUGAUUGCUCCAGAACCAGAACCAAAACAGGCAAAAUUUUCAAACCCAUUCCGAAACUUUCUGAGUGGCGAAUGGUGAACGUUCCCUCUUUGGUGUCUCUGAGCAUCGACGCAGUGAAAAGAGAACUUCUUCACAAGGAUGAUCUUUUAUCGCACGUCUAUGAGCUUCCUCCGGAGUUGUUCAAUUCCUUAGUAAAAUGCCUACCUCCUUUGGCCCUGCAGAAGUUGCAAAGUGAAAUGCCGUUUAAGAACUAUGAUGACUAUGAUUCUACUAGCAAUGACUUAAAAAAUGGAAGGAAACGUGGAAGAAAUGGAAAUUUCGAAACAGCAUGGAAGGCAUUGUUUAAGCUACGUUGGCCCGAUCUUGUGAAGCAUGUCCAAUCAGUUGAUUGGCAGCAGAUUUAUUGGGAAACACAUGUGCAAAAUUGCCUAGAUGAAGCAGCAGAGCUAGCUUUGCUCCCAUCAUUUAGUGGAUGCCUCGGUGAGAUACAGAUUUCAGAGAAUAUAAUGAAAUAUAUUGGUUAUGUGGAUCAUAUGAGUAAUUCAGGAUCAGAUUACUUGAAAUUGUCUUACCACUGCCAGCAAUUUGGAUGUUAUGCUAGAUGUUUGAGACUUCAAAAUGUGCUCUGUGUUGCAGAAUCUUGCCAACUUUUAAGGAACUCCAAGUUGCAAAGCUUGCUGGUACGGUGGAUCAGAUCCGUGGAACAUGCUGAUGGAUUGUGCAAACUUCUCAGUCAGAAUUGUAGAACAUUAACAUCACUUGAAUUUGUACACUGCAAGCUUUCUUCCAGCUUUAUGGAUGCAAUUUGUGGGUCCCUGUACUUGAGAGGUGUAGAAACUCACCAAAUACAGCACUUCUCCAUUAGCACUUCAAGCUUUCUUGAAAUGGAUCCAGUUUCCUUAGCUCAUAGACUUGCAUCAUUUCUAAAUUCAGGAAGGUCCUUGCGUUCAUUAAAGCUAUGUGACAACCAUCUGGAUUGGAAUUUUGCCCAAAGGGUUUUCAGUACUCUACUGGAUGCUUCGUCUGGUCUAUCAAGCCUUGACCUUUCCGAAAACAAUAUAGCAGGAUGGCUUUCUAAUUUCAACUGGAGAUCAAGUGCCCUUCUGUCACCUUCAGGAAUGACCAAAUCUUUGCAGUCAUUACGCAUCCUCAAUCUACGGGGUAAUAAUCUAAGGAAAGAUGAUGCUGGUAGUCUAAGAUAUGCCCUGGUUCAUAUGCCAAGCUUGGAGAUUUUGGAUCUUAGUGACAACCAAAUUGAAGAUGACGGCAUUAGAAGUUUAAUCCCUUAUUUCACCGAAGCAUCUAGAAAGUGCUGUCCCUUGACUGAUUUGAAUCUGGAGAAUUGUGAGCUUUCCAGUGAUGGGGUGACCCAACUUUUGGAUGUCCUAUCAACCUUAGAAAUGCCAUUGAAUUCUCUCUCUGUUGCUGAUAAUCGCCUUGGCAGCCAAGUAGCAGAAGCUUUAGGAAAUUUUUGGGGUACAUCUAUCCAAAUACUGAAUCUCGAAGCUAUUGGACUAGGUCCAUCUGGCUUUCAGAAACUAAAAGAUGUAGGAAUGGAGAACUUGAUGCUUGUUGAAAUUAACAUAAGUAAAAAUCGUGGUGGGAUUGAAACUGCAAAAUUUUUGUCAAAGCUUAUAAGUCGGGCUCCUAAACUUGUUGCAGUCAAUGCAGCAUAUAAUCUUAUGCCUGUAGAAUCCUUGACCUUAAUAUGCUCUGCACUGAAGACUUCAACAGGUCAUCUAGAGCAAGUGGACUUGACGGGAAAUAUUUGGGACCAUCAACCCUCUCAUGAUGCCAUGCUUGCUGAAUUUCAUCAUAAUGGAAGGCCUAUUUUGAUUCUUCGGUCAUCAGCAGUCUUGGAUGUACCUUAUGAUGAUGAUCCCUAGCUGACAUUAAUGGCUGCAUCUUUAUGUUCUAUUGUCUGUUGCAGCCACUGAUUUUACUUUAUCAGUGCAACAAAAGUUUUAGAAAUGUCAAACUUAUGGACUUCUGUCUUUGUUCAAUGUUGUGCGUGCUUAGGUCUUUCACAUACGAGUAGCAGGUGGAUGGGCUGGCCUGAUAUUGGUCAUAGAAUGUUUUUCACUAUUAAAUGCUUUUUCGCUGCAGGUUUAGUGAUUCAACCAGUUUUUAGCUAGUUAUGAAUGAUGUUUCCUACUGUCCUAGUUAGUUUGGUUGGUUUUGAAUUUUUGCAAGACAUUACAAAUGAGUACCAAUUAUGCAUUUCCAAGUUUCUGAAGGGUUCAAUUCCCCUACUUGUUCAGAAACUUUAAAUGCCAAUAAUUCUAACGUAUUCUUUAUGGCACAUUAUAUUUAUCAGAAAGAGAGUUUUAACUUAUUUGGUUACGUUAUCAUUAUGAAAUUCCUUGUUUUUUUACAGAAUUAAUCACAACUUGUUUUUACUGACCAGUCCGUGCAUCCGAUGGAAAUCUGAUGAUGGCUGCCAUUGUUGCAUCCUACGCUGAAAGCAAUAGAAUUGAAUUGAUGAAAGAAGAAAGGAUCAAUUCCACUAUUUAGCAGGAUGGGCUGUUGAUUUUUAAACGUGUUUAGGUCAGUAAGACACGAAGCCACGAGUAGAAGAGGCACAAAAAGUCUAGCUAUUAUGGUGCUUAAGUAAUUAUACGUGCUCUUAUUUUCUUGGUAGGGCAGCCUCAUCCUCUUUUAUGAUAUUCGA